CUUCCCCUGUGCGCAGGCGCCGGGAGAGGCAGAGAGUGAGCUUUUCCCAUAGAGAGCUACCUGGGCAAGCAUGGCGGCGAGCGCCCUACGGGGCCUGGCAGUAGCCGGUGGAGGCGAGAGUAGCGAGAGUGAGGAUGACGGCUGGGAGAUUGGGUAUCUCGACCGGACGUCUCAGAAAUUGAAAGGGCAAAUGUUACCCAUUGAAGAAAAGAAAGAAAAAUUUAAGAAAGCAUUGACCACCGGAGAUGUUUCAUUGGUCCUGGAGCUCCUAGAUUCUGGCAUUAUUAGUGUAGACGCUACCUUUCGAUAUGGAUGGACUCCCCUUAUGUAUGCUGCUAGCGUUGCCAAUGCAGAGCUGGUUCGGGUCCUUUUGGACAGAGGUGCUAAUGCAAGCUUUGAGAAGGAUAAGCAAACUAUUUUGAUAACUGCAUGUUCUGCUCAUGGCUCAGAGGAACAGAUCUUGAAAUGUGUAGAGCUACUACUUUCAAGAAAUGCUGAUCCAAAUGUUGCUUGUAGGAGACUUAUGACCCCAAUCAUGUAUGCUGCUCGAGAUGGUCACACCCAGGUUGUUGCUCUCCUUGUUGCUAGUGGAGCAGAAGUUAAUACCCAGGAUGAGAAUGGUUACACUGCUUUAACGUGGGCAGCACGUCAGGGUCAUAAAAGUAUAGUUUUGAAGUUGCUUGAACUUGGAGCCAAUAAAAUGUUACAAACCAAAGAUGGGAAGCUGCCCAGUGAGAUUGCAAAAAGAAACAAACAUCAUGAGAUCUUCAACUUACUUACUUUUACUCUAAAUCCAUUGGAAGGAAAACUUCAACAGCUAACUAAGGAAGAAACUAUUUGUAAAAUAUUGACAACAGAUUCUGAUAGAGAAAAUGACCACAUUUUUAGUUCAUAUGCAGCAUUUGGAGAUCUGGAAGUAUUUUUACAUGGUCUUGGACUUGAACAUAUGACAGAUUUAUUAAAGGAAAGGGAUAUAACUUUAAGACAACUUUUGACCAUGAGGGAAGAUGAAUUUACAAAGAAUGGAUUUACCAGUAAAGACCAACAGAAAAUUCUGGCUGCUCUUAAAGAACUAGAGGUAGAAGAGAUACCGUUUGGAGAGUUGUCUGAAGAGGCAAAGCUGGAAAUCAGUGGUGAUGAGUUCCUGAACUUUCUUCUCAAAUUAAACAAACAGUGUGGCCAUUUAAUAACAGCUGUACAGAAUAUUAUUACUGAGUUACCUGUAAAUUCUCAAAAGAUAGCACUGGAAUGGGCUUCUCCCCAGAAUUUUACUUCAGUUUGUGAAGAACUGGUUAAUAAUGUUGAAGAUUUGAGUGAAGAGGUCUGCAACCUAAAAGACUUAAUUCAGAAGUUGCAAAAUGAACGGGAAAAUGAUCCAACUCAUAUACCAUUAAGGGAAGAAGUAUCUACAUGGAAUAGUAGAAUUUUGAAGAGGACGGCUAUUACAGUAUGCGGAUUCGGUUUUCUUUUUUUCAUUUGCAAGAUAACUUUCCAGAGAAAAUAAUUCAAAUAUUUGUUUUAAGUUAUAUAUAUACAUCUUAUUUGAACCAUCCAAAAAUCGUUGCUUUUAACUAUUUGGCACAAUAUAACCUUACAUUCUUGCCAGUAUUCCAUAGGAAACAUUUUGACAAUGUAAUGUAAUUUUUUUUUUUAGUUACUCUGACUUACAAAUACAGUUUGUUAUAUUUUAUGUUCACUUUGAUCAGAUAGUAAAUUAUAAGUAAUACUUUCAUUUGAUCAUAUGUAAAUCACAUUCAGAAUUAAAGUUAUAUUUAAUAUCUUUGACUUUUUAAAAGUGUGCUUAUUUGUCAUAGUGUCUUAGAGAAUUAGUAAAGUGUUCACUAAUUAAGAGCUUUCUUUUAUUCCUU